AGGGUCGGAGAGGGAGAGGCCGGGGGACGGGGGAAGAGGGAAAACGAAAGAAAGGGUGGGCACAAAAGAGCAGGAGAGCGAGGGAAGUCCCUGUAUCUUCUCCCUCGCCAGUUGUCUGUUGCUCCACUUUAGACACGUACACGGUUUCAUCAGGGGCGUGCAUCAGACUGUCACACAGUCGGCACCCAGGAUAUUAAGCUUUCGCGUCCCUCCUGGCCUGGGUAGGGACCUGCUCGUGAUCAGGGGAAAGGUGGAAGCCUACGGAAAGAAGGACCAGCCCAAGGAGGAGCGCUCAUCUCUCCAACCCCGUCUGAAAGCGCUCAGUCUCUCUCCUUCUCUCUCUCUCUCUCUCUCUCUCGCUAUCUCUCGGUUUCUUCCUUCCCUUUCCCACACCAAGGGAAGUCGUGUGAAAUCGGGACACUUGUAGAGGGCGGCGGUCUUAAGCUGGAGUCUGAGCUUUUCAGAGUCUCUAUUUUUCUCACCACCUGCUGAGAAUGACUCUUUUCUAAUGAAGUAUUUUGGGGAAAAAAAAAGACAAGAAAAAAACUACAAAAAAGAGCGAGCAAAGAACUAUUUUCUGAUCUACUUUAAAGGAUAUGAAAACUAUUUCAUCAGAAAAAAGAAAUAUAUAAUUACUGGUAAUCUGUUAUUGAGUGACAAUUGGGUGGACUCGUGUUGUUUCUUUUUGUUUGCUUCAUUUGCUAGAACUCACAAGUUCAUAGCACAUAAACACACACACACUCAUGCGUGUGUGCACACACACACACACACACACACACACACACAGUGUCUCAAGCAAUGGCACAGAAGAGCAACAAAGAGACACAGAUUAUGCUAGACGAGGAGAAGCGAGAGGGGGCACAUUCAGAAAAGGGAGCAGAGAACCAGUAAAACAUUUCAGCAGAGCUGGUUGGUGGGGGGUGCUCAGCCCUCGGACCCAUAGCUGCCCUGGUCCACAUGUUCCACAGCCUGGCACAUCGUGCCCCACUCCCUAUGCCCCAUACCCAUCUCUGAGCCUGGGCAGAGUCAAACCAGGGCAGGUAGAAGGUAGGAAGGGGCAAGCCAGAUUCAGAAAGAGGGCGCUAUGGAUCAAGCCAGCUGUCAUCCAUGAUUCUUUGCUACUGCUGUUGGGUUCGUGUUAUUUCUUUUUACUUGGAUUUCUCGUUUCCCUCUAAGAACACGUUAACGAGCGCCGCUGUGUCCGCGCAGGCGAUCUGGUUCAGCUCUGUACGCCUGCUGUCUUCUAGUGUGUGAGAGUAAUUUGUAUGAAUUUGGCUAAUUCUACACUCUGGAUGUUGUAGCUUCCAAUACAACAGAGUUUGGGAUGCAGUCUUGGAAAUCCGGGGCUGUUCCAGAUGGCUGUGGAACGCAGGGGGAAGCCAACCAUGUUUUUCUGAGAGCUUUGGCAAGUGGGAGAAGUCUAGGUUAGGCAGUGUGACAAGUGUUCACACGUCCCACCUAUGCUGGUACCGUGCAACUCUGUAGGAACACAUAGACACUGCAGUGGUUCAGCUGAAUCUCAAACAACUGAAGUGAACUGGAGACUUUCUGUGCCUACUUGGCUUUUAUAAUGUCGCUGCCAACUGCUGAUUUGUUGCAUAGAUGAGGUCUUUGCCAUAUCUGUAGCACUGAUUGGAUAUUUGAUUAGCCAAUAAGAAAUGGUGGUAGAGAGGGCAAAAACCAAAAAGCAGACUGUGGACAUGAAGCUGCAGUGACUCUCUGGGCCACCAGGACAAGCUCCUGCCUACGCUAUGUCAAGUACACUCAUAAAGAAAUAUUUUGUGUGUGUGUGUGUAUGUGUGUCUGUGUGUGUUCUUUAGGUGUUCCAGACAUGCUUCCCCUCUAAAACACAGCCUGCAUACAAAUAUCAUUUAGAAAGGAGAACACACACACAAGCACACACACGACACACACACCGCAAUGCUGCAGUUUGGUGACUUGAUCUUUUAAAAAUCAUUUUUAUUAUGCCAGCUUCAUGUAGAAUCUGCAUUUUACAGAAUACACACACAUGCACACACACAAACUGCCUCGAUGCCUUUUUGAGUUUUUAUGUUACAAUUGGCCACUCUUAUUGGUUCACUUUAGCAAAUCAUAAAACUGUCUAGUUUUUCAGUUGUUUAUUUGUUUUUAUAAAUAGAUACUCAUACAGCGUUAAAACACACUUUGGGGGAAUAACGUGAGCAGUUGACGUCUGCUGAACAGCUUAACGAAAUGAAGUUCUAAAACGACUACAUUUAGAACAAUGUGACUGGCUUUGUCACAUUGUUUUCCUCUGUGGAUAUCUCCUGCCUUUUGGUCCUCUCUCUCCCUCCCUCUCUCUCUCCCUCUGUCUCUCUCACUCGCUCUCUCUCUCUCUCUCUCUCUCUCUCUCUCUCUCUCUCUCUGUCCCUUCACUCUUUCUCCUCUGUCCUUCUCCUUGGUGUGCGUGUAAUGCAAGAAUGUCUGUGCCGUAACCAAACCUUCCCAUUAUCUACACACACAUAUACAUGUUAUGCACAUUUAAUUAACAGACUUUGUUCAAAAACAAACAAACAAAACAAAAAAAACAUACAUUGACCCGGUGGACAUCUUUAUGAUUAAGAGAAAUAUCACUAUUGUAUAUUUUUAUACAAUGUUCACUUUCUGACACUUGAUUUGCUUCCAGUGAGCUGCUUCGUAUUCUCUUCUCAGACGUUUUUGACCCGUGUGAGUGAAAGUUGCCUACGGUCGUUCUGCACACUGUUAAGGGUUUUAAUAUUUAGACUCAGCUGUCGUGGACCACGUGAGGUCGGUGCGUGGUGAAAGCGAAUCAGAAAUCGAAUAUAAAAUAUAUAUCUUCGCUGUUUACAUUUCAUGGCGUUUUCAGUGAUUCACAUUGUAGUUUGUGUUUCCUUAUGGUCGCGUGUAUUCACGCGUGUCCAGGUGACCCACGCGGGCGCUGGGACUCUUGAGUGGGUUGGCAAAGCACAAGAAGGUGCGCGCGGGGGACAUUGCUGGCCUUCUCCGGGCGGCUCGUGCGCUCCUGCCGUCCUUUUCUAACAGUGUCGAGCUCAGCCCCGAGGAUGAAGAUGGCGAUUUUGGGUGCGAAUAGCCUUGCGCUACGCCAAGCGGAUAUAUUUAUUGAGCCUAUUGUGAAGAAUCGUUCUGGGUUGUUUGUUUUUUUCAUGGAGAGUCAUUGUGAAUCACUCGUAGUCUGACCACCGAGUGUUGAGACGGAGCUGGAUGUGAGCUCUGCGUGUUUCCUCGGAUGUGAAGUCAGCCAGCAAUGUUUGAAAUGAUCGGCUCCAUAUUUACAUAGAUGUUCUUUGCUCCGCCAUCCGUCAGUGCAAGCAAGUAAAUAAAUGAUAUACAACAGACUUCACAAAAAUUGGAAGUAAACCGUUGAAAAAAAACGGGAAAACCGCUGCACAAAUAUGGCUUUUACAGACAUGAAUUAUUGCUAGUCCUGGAUCGAUGUACCAUGAUCUUACCUUGAAUUAGGACACAAGUAAGUUCAGGCUUUAUCAGUGUCCAGGAAACAAACUGGUAACCUAGUGUGUCGGGUCGUCCCGGUUUGUCCAAUUCCCGAUGUGCUCUUGCCUCAACAGAUCUCAACUGGUAAAUCCCACCUUUCUAGAAAUUACUUGUAUCGGUUUGUAUCUGAAACACACCUGCCUCGCUCAAACCGGAGGACACGAUCGUAACUGAGAUAAUAACUCAGAUCUACUUCCGGCUCCAAAGUUGUUAUAAUAUCAGAAAAAAAAGUAGUGGUUUUCUAUAGGGGAUCGUAAAGUUACAAUCAGUACAUUUAGGAAUAGGAAACAUUUUUGACUGUUAAGGUUGCUGUAUGACGUUUUAGGUGUUUUUUUUAACAGAUUAAACAUUUUACAGAAAACGGCACAUUAUUUCUUCAAUGUAGAUGGCCAUUCAUUUAAGAUCUCCAGUGUUUUAUUAAUAUGGAUAAAUGGAGUAAGAAAAUGCUGUUUAGUUCCAAAACAUACUGAUUGAAGCUUCAGAUAGCGCUUUGUCGCUUUGGGUAUUGUUGAGGACUUGAAAGAUUAAAUCGAGAUCAUGUAAGUGUUGGCUACAAAUCUGCCGAAGUGCUCGGCCAUUGGGCGCACGCACACACGUCACUCUCAACGUCCUUCGCACAGAUGUGAACCAGGUGGAUAGAUGUUAGUUCAUCUGUUCUUUUGUUUUUUACUCUUCAUACUCAAAACGGUAUUUUUAUUUCAGGGAAUUAUGCAUGGCAUUUACCAUAAUUUAAUUAAUUUAUGUCAGUUUAUUUAUUUGUUCUGAAUUCUUUUUGUCAACAGAAAAAUAAAGAAACAUAUUUGAAAAAGCUCUCAAAUAAUUUGUGUUCAGUGAUGGUGAGUCUUUAUCUGGUUGAUUUACUAAAGUACUUUACAAUCCGUUGAAUUUAUAGCGAUUAAUUUUCCUAUAAGAAAUGUUAAACAAUUCUAGGCUACUGUCUAAGUCACUCUUGCGAUCUUCAAAAAGUCUUGUGUUUUGUUAAGUGCAGCGAAAAGCUAUUUACAGCACUUCACCAUUAUUGCAAAAAAUCUCCAGUUCCGCCCGCAUGUGCGCUGUCCAGUCCCGUGGUGCUGAACGGAGGCACAGACGUUUGCAGUGUGAGGUAUAAUGGCUGGAUUCUAUAAAAAGGUGAGACGGAUUUUGACUGAUACCUCGCUGCGCCUAUAGGAUUGCAGCAACGGCAGCCGGUUAACACGUUCAACCACUUGAAUCACUUGCUGGGUGGGUGCACAUGCAGGACAAUGUUGUAGCCGAAAAAAAGCUGAAAGUGCUAAAUCUUUAGCACCGGAUGUUCUUUUUACGGGAUUUCACGAUGCGAUGGUGAAAGCAUGAAGUGUGCGGAGGGUCUGAGGCGCUGUGAAGCAAGUCUGCCCUCGGAUUAGCCACCACUUAUGCUAGUUCGGAUCCGCCAGCUGCGGCUUUUGCGUCCCGACUGGCGCUCUGCGGCAUGUGACCGCCAGUCCAACCUGCUAGCAGCGGGGCUGAGAAAAGCCGGCUCGCCCCUAUGGAUCUGACUCAUGGAUGCCUUCGGUACCCCCUUUAACAGCAGCCCAGACCGCAGGGGCCACGAUGCCGAGAGACAAGGGCUGGAUGCAGACUCGGAGCCUGCCGCCUGGUCCGGGACUCUCAACCCCCUGGACUGCUUUGCGGCGGCCCCCAUGGGAUCUGCUACGGCCGGCUUCUGGACGGCUGUGUUCGACUACGAUGCGAACUCUGAGGACGAGCUGAGUCUUCGGAAGGGCGACCGGGUGGAAGUCCUGUCCAAAGACUCGCUGGUGUCAGGAGACGAGGGAUGGUGGACGGGAAUGAUCGAAGACCGUGUCGGUAUUUUCCCCAGUAACUACGUUAGCAGCGGUAAUGGCAUCUCAGAGAAGAUCCAGAACACACCAGAUAAGGACUACUCCGUAGCUCAGCUGCACCUGCUGGAGAUUGACUUUGGCGAGCUCGUUCUGGAGGAGAUGAUCGGUGUGGGUGGCUUCGGGAAGGUCUACCGGGCCGUGUGGCAGGGGCUGGAGGUCGCGGUGAAGGCAGCCCGCCGUGACCCGGACGAGGACGCGGCGCAGACCCUAGAGAGCGUGCGGCAGGAGGCCAAGCUCUUCGCCAUGCUGUGCCACCCCAACAUCAUGGCACUUCUGGGCGUGUGCCUGCGCGAGCCCAACCUGUGCCUGGUGAUGGAGUACGCCCGGGGAGGGCCGCUGAACCGGGCGCUGGCAGGGAAGCGUAUCCCUCCGCACACACUGGUGGACUGGGCUGUGCAGAUCGCCCGUGCCAUGCACUACCUCCACUGUCAGGCUAUCGUUCCCAUCAUACACAGAGACCUCAAAUCCAGCAACAUCCUGAUUCUGCAGCGGGUAGAGAAUGAGGAUUUGAGUAAUAAGACUCUCAAGAUCACGGAUUUUGGCUUGGCGAGAGAGUGGCACCGAACCACUAAGAUGAGUGCGGCAGGCACGUACGCGUGGAUGGCGCCGGAGGUCAUUCGCUCCUCCACCUUCUCCAAGGGCAGCGAUGUCUGGAGUUACGGGGUGCUCUUGUGGGAGUUGUUAACAGGUGAGGUGCCAUUCCGUGGCAUCGAUGCCCUGGCAGUGGCAUACGGAGUGGCCAUGAAUAAGCUGGCAUUGCCGAUCCCGUCCACGUGUCCCGAACCUUUCACCCACCUCAUGGAAGACUGCUGGAACACGGAGCCCCACUCACGGCCAUCUUUCUCCGGCAUCCUGGAUCAGCUCACCGCCAUCGAGGAGUCCGGCUUCUUUGAGAUGCCCGCCGAGUCUUUCCACUCGCUGCAGGAUGACUGGAAGCUGGAGAUCCAGGAAAUGUUUGACCAGCUGAGGGCCAAAGAGAAGGAGUUGAGGUCAUGGGAGGAGGAGCUCAGCCGUGCUGCACUUCAGCAGAAGUGUCAGGAGGAGGCGCUGCGGAGGCGCGAGCAGGAGCUGGCCGAGCGGGAGAUCCACAUCCUGGAGCGGGAGCUCAAUGUCAUCAUCCACCAGCUGUACCAGGAGACACCACGGGUGGAGCACCGGCACGGCAAGUUCCGGCGGAGCAGACUCAAGCUGCGGGACGGCAACCGCAUCAGCCUACCCUCGGAUUUUCAGCAUAAGAUCACGGUGCAAGCCUCUCCAAAUCUUGACCGAAGGCGGAGUCUGCUGGGCAGUAGCUCCACCCCUCCAUCCAGCCCUCCUGUUUUGCCCCGCCUCCGUGCUAUACAGUUGGCCCCUGGGGUCAGAGGUCAGGGUUGGAGCCGUAAUGCCGCAUUCCAGCUUGACGAGGAGGAGGAAAGGAAGAGUUCUCGCAAGAAGGGCAGAGCACGUGGAACAGGACCACUCAGGGAACACAGCGCUGAUGAAAGUUUAACGACUCCGAAGGAGGGAAGUAGGCAGCGUUCCUGCAGCGCUCCCAACCUCCGUCGCUCCCCCCGACACAGCCCUGCCGUGCCCGGAGUGCCCUGCCUCCCAGAGACCGAAAAUGAAGAUUGCUGUUAUCCAUCUGAGGCCCCCAACUCGCCCAGCCUGUCCUACCUCUGCAUCCCCUUCCACAGAGAAGGGUCUGUUUCCGACGGUUACGGCACAGAGAGCAGUGCAAUUGGCCAUGGCCCUGACUCCUCCCCCAUUUGCUCCAGGCGGAGCCCCGGCGGGAGUCGAAGGUCAGAGCUGGUGCUGCUGGGCUGUGGUGCUGUGCUGGCAGUCGUGGGGCUGGGCAGCAACCUGCUGGAGGUGAGCAGGGUGGAGGAGAGCAUCCGCCCACGCUGGGAGGGGCUUUUUCAUCGAGGGGGCGGGCAGAGGCAGAGCACCAGCCCGCCCACCCGGAAAGCGUCCAAACGGGACAGCCCCUUGAGGCCGCCACCCCUCCCCUCCUCCCUCACCCUCCUAUCGCUGUCGUCCGUGUCGGACUGUAACUCCACCCGCUCUCUCUUGCGCUCCGACAGCGAGGAGCUCCUGGUGCUCCGCCCACCGCCGCCCCCGCCGCCGCUGGAGCCGCCCGUCAACCCGCUCGUCAACACCCAUCUGGAGAGUUUCAAACGCAACCCACGGCAGUCGCUCACGCCCACGCAUGUGCCUUCGGCACCCAGCACCACCCGCACCUUGCAUCGCACACCCUCUGACGGGGCGAUAAAGAAGCGCUGCCCGACAAACCACACCCACCCCAACCACCACCCACUGGCUGCCAAAACAACGCAGGAGCACACAGUGAGUCCAUGGCCUGUGAGGGAAGAGUCCAUGGAAGUGCCCCGACUGCCUGACCCCAACCUCGUCUUCCCGCCCACCCCGCGCCGCCGUUGCCAACCAGAGCGUCCCAAAACACUUGACUUCCUCGCCAGGCCCCGCCCCUCUCCUCGAGCCCGCUGCGAGGCCCAAUGGGGUGACUCCCCAGCUCCACCCUCCAGCACAGAAACCCCAUCCACAGUAGAGUUUGGAGGGGGUGUGGCUGUCCUGCCGACUCCGAUGGAACAGCCAACCCUGUCCUCUCCUUGGGUGAAUGACAGUCUCCUGGACCAACAGGAUGAGGGCCAGUGCAGGGACGGCACCCAGCUCCUCAAAUUAGAUCCCAUUCUACCCAGAGACUCGCCCCGCAGAGCGCGCCCUGGGUUCUGGUCCUGACUGAACUCGCUGUCCUGAGUGGAAUCGAAUCCAACCUACUGUGCCAUCUGUUUGAGGCUUAUACCCCAUCUCUCACGCAGCCCACUAUUGCAAAACAGAGACGGGGAGUGUCCAUUGUGCUCCACCUGAAGCAGUUAGAGGUCAGACCCAACUCUCAAAUAUAACUAGUGUUCUACUUAAAUCAGAGGGGAACCUGCACGUAACCCAACAAACCCAGUGUUAGGUUUAAAAGCAAGUCCACUCCCUGUAUACAGGCCUUUCUCCUGCCUGACUGCAACACCUCUCUCUGCUAACCUAACCCAGCUUGAUUGCAUGGGUGUUCCGGCUUCCUCUGCACCCGGGGAUAAUGUUCCGGUCCAAUUCGGCUCCACCCCAGGAUUCCGGAAAGGUUCAGAGAGCUGCUCGUGAUGCACAAACGAGACCAGAACACUAGCGCUGCAUAUUUUAGCUCUCUUUCUAAUGGACUACAGAAAGGAUCCCUAUGCAUUGAAGUACACCAUGUGUUGCUUCCCAACCAUGGUGAUGUAACCUCAAAAUUGUACAUUUAUAUACUGUUUAAAUCUUGUCUUAGGUAGGAUCCAGUGCUUUGGUUCUAUGUGAUAGAGCAACCCUAGGCUUUCUUACCAGUUGCUCUCUGUAUGUGGAGGGGGGGUCUCCCUCUUCACAGCAUGUCAUUAUGGCACAUGAAAGAAAUGCUCGUAAAUACUCUACACUGGAUCGCCCUGCUGGAGGAUGGGCGUGUGUGGGCUCCAAAGUCCCUCCCCAUCUCCGGAGAGACAGUGGCCUGGCGGGUUCAGCGCAGAGGCAUGAAGCAACUCUGAAACCUUUUAGAAUUCCAACAUUUUAUUUCGACCAUGUAUAUUUGCGUGUAUACAAAGUGCUCUUUUUUUUCCUUCAGCCUUCUGAGUGCAAAGCAGGUCAUGUGCUUCUGCAGAAGGGCGGAGUUUUGGUUAGAAAAUGGUAUGUAAUGAUCGCAGUAGCACGAGAAGUACCGAUGUUUCACUUUAUUUUUGCUGUUUUCCCACUGUGAUUAAUCCUUUCUUCACCGAGUCUUAGCUGACAAGCAAACAUAUCUAAUCUAAAAACUCAUUUAAUCAUCAGCAUUUUAUACUUCGGUACAGUUCACUGAUGAUCUAGUAGAAUUACAACCGUUAUCAUAACAGAACAGUAAUCACACGGUAUAUUUCUGUAGUAUAACAACACUUUGGUGUUGUGCCAAAGAAAGAGGCAGUCAUGUACAUCCAGAAUGGCUUCAUAAGAGAAAUGUUUUCACCACUCUGUAAAUAUCUGUAAAUAUCUCACAAAUUUGCAACAAGCAAGGUAAAAAGAUGCAAUCUGACAAAAAGCUAAUAUAUUAUUGCUAUGGUAAC